GUGACGUAUGAGAAAAAUGACAACAAUGAUGAACCUCGCUGUCAGUGACACGUGAGGGAUUACGUCUGCACCGUUAUCUCCUCUCACUUCUACAAACACACCGGCUCCACUCCUCACAGUCGAGAGAAGACCGGCGAUGGAUGACAGUUGUCAGCGAGCUCCACUGUUUACAUUCGGUGUGAUAGCAGACGUCCAGUACGCUGACAUGGACGACGGGCUCAAUUUCACCCAGACAAGAAGGCGAUACUACCGAAACAGUCUUGGGCUUCUGAGAAAAGCCAGGGAGAGCUGGUCUCACGCGGCCGCCCGUCCAAAAUUCAUCAUCCAGCUUGGAGACAUCAUUGACGGCUUUAACAAGGCUCCCGGUGCCUCUAGUCGAGCACUGGAGCAGGUCUUGGAAGAGUUCAGCCUCAGCCCCAUUGAUGUCCACCACGUGUGGGGCAACCAUGAGUUCUACAACUUCAGUAGAAGCGAGCUGUUGAAUUCCAAGCUGAACAGCUCCUUUCUUGCCGAUGCUAGCCCCAGUGGCACCCGGGCAGGUGGUGAUAUAUACGCCUACAGCUUCAGUCCCUGCACCGGGUUUACGUUUGUCGUGGUGGACGCUUACGAUGUGAGCCUGCUUGGCGUAGACGAAGGCAGUCUGCAGUACCGCACUGCUUUCACUUGGAUCAAACGGCACAACGACAACGCGGAUCUCAACUCCCCCCCAGGGUUAUAUGACGAGCUUGAACAGCGGUUCACAAAGUUCAAUGGUGGUUUCAGUCAAGCCCAGCUGGACUGGCUCGAUUCUGUUCUGUCCUCAGCUGACAAGAAACGAGAGAAAGUCACCAUUGUCAGUCACCUCCCAGUCCAUCCGUUCUCCACAACGCCCACUUGCCUGGCGUGGAACUUCGACAAGCUUCUGUCCAUAAUUCAGUCCCACAGUAGUGUGGUGUGUUUCAUCGCCGGACAUGACCAUGAUGGUGGAUAUUGUUUGGAUAAAAGCACGGGGGUUCACCACCUUACGCUGAAAGGUGUCAUCGAAACGCCACCAGACAGCGACGCCUUCGGAACUGUCUCGGUGUACGAAGACAGGAUGGUCUUGAACGGGGUUGGGCGGAUUCCAGAUAUUGACAUGUUGUUUCCGUGACACCGGUUUAUGAGGCAAUGGCAACCAAAGAUUAUUCAACUUUUUUUAUUUACUAUGCACUGUAAUUCAUCAUUUAAUACAAAUAAUAGUUAAAAGAAUGUAUAUUAAGUUAUAAGAUCAAAGUGUUAUUAUGAGGUAAACUUUACACAUGAAUUAUUUUGCACUGAAUUGAAUACAUUUGAACAAACAUCCAUCCAUUCAUUGCCAGAGCUGCUUAUCCUCACAAGUGUUGCGGAAAACUUCAAAUAUAUUGCGUCACAAAUAUUGUAUGUGGAAAAAACACGAGGUCUUCAGCACUUAUUGCACUUUCAUGUUUACUGGCAAGAGGUGGUAAAUUAUGAAUGUACCCGAUACCAUUGUGAUUUGCAGCUAAAUGACAGUUUGCAAACAUUUUAUUCAUUUCAUUAUUUUAAAAUCAGGAUUGCAUGUGUUGCACAUUGCAAACAAACCUCAAUUAGCUCAGUCACCCUGCAAAUGGAGAUCACUAGGGGGAAAAAAAAGUGAGCUAGGGCAGUAAAUAUAUUUGUGUCUGGAUUUUACAGAUAUGUCAAUACAUUGGUGAUAGACAAUUUGUCACAAAAUAUACUUGAAGAAAAGCCCUGCUUGACGACGAAUAAACCUUAAAUGUAAAA